UUGAAACCGAUUGGAGGAGGGAAACAUGUCUGCAUUUUUCCCUAACAUGCGUCUCCAUUUUUCUUUUUGUGGGAACAAAUCUAAAAUGAAUGAUAAAUUGGCAAUAUGUAAGAUCAGUGGUUUCGAAAUUCGUGAGGCAAAUUUGUUUUAUUACUGACACUGGCACUUAAUCCAGCUAUCGGUAAGUCAAUUAGCCAAAUCUCACAAAAAACAUAUCAGUCAAGCUCUCCGAUGUAAGUAUUAAAUGCAUAAAAACAUCAAUAUCUAAAACGAUGUAGUGAGGUGGUACAAUCACCAAAUGGAUGGAUAAAAGAAUACGCGAAACUAAACCAUUCACACUUGAAAUCUUGAUCGAUGCCAAACAACGUUAGUACUCGUACUUACUACGAUGCCAUUUUCCACUGACGUUGCAUAUCGAAGUAUCACUUGUGUUAUACUUCCACAGCAAGUAAUUACAAAUGCAGCAUUAAGAUCCCUGUCUUUAACAAACUGCAGAAGACUUGAUUUUAUUUCAGCGCCUGGCUGUAGACGUAUGGGAUAUACUUCCAUUCUUGACAAAUAAUCACUAAGAAAAUGUUAUUCUAACAACGUCUCAACUGAAACGUCAAUUCCAAAUUCCAAACAUCAACAUUGUGCACGGCGUUAUUCACUUGUCGUUUGUUUACGACGUACCUCAAUGACAUUGUCAUGAACUGUUUGUUCGUAGAAAUUUAACAAUCAUUUUCAUGUUAAGUUAAUUUGGCUCUGAAUUAACAAAAAGUAUUUCAUCAAUAGAAUUACUUUAGUUAAUAUUAUUGUAUUAAACUUUUACUCUGCCUUUUUUCGAGUAAAAUACAUCGUGCAGUCGAGAACGUGGUCUGUGUAAACAUGGUAUUCUUUCUCAAAAGUAACAGCACUUUUAAAUAAAGUACAAGGUUAUGAAAUGAGUUUUUAGUGAGACACAGAUUUGGCGGUUAGCUUUCCCGCCAAAUUUUACACGUCAGUUUCGAAUUAACCUCAGACGUGAAAAAUGGCGGAAAGCUCAACACCAGGUAGUGAACGUACUGUAAAUAACGUAGACAUGGAUAAAGAAGAAACAGGAGAUAACACUGAAGUAACAAUGCUUGACGUUCUAAAAGAAGAACUGGAACUUGAAGAUGAUGCGAAAGCUGUUCUGGGCGCCUCUGAUGACAAGAACUGUACAUAUUCACAGGGUUACGUGAAGAGACAAGCCUUGUAUGCAUGUGUUACUUGCAUUCCGUUAACUAACGAUGAUUUCAAACCAGGUGGAAUAUGCCUUGCAUGUAGUUACCAUUGCCAUGAAGGCCACGAAUUGGUCGAGCUUUAUACUAAAAGGAAUUUCCGCUGUGACUGUGGGAACAGCAGAUUUCCAAGAAAGUGUAAUUUGGAACCUGAGCGAGAUAGUGUCAAUGAGCUGAACCAGUACAAUCAGAAUUUCCGUGGCGUGUACUGUACAUGCCAUAGACCAUAUCCUGAUCCCCAAGAUGAAGAGCCUGACGAAAUGGUUCAGUGCAUUGUGUGUGAAGACUGGUUUCAUGGAAGGCACUUAGGCCAGCCGAUGCCUGAAGAAUAUGCUGAAAUGAUCUGUUCAGCAUGUGUCAAGCAGCAUAAUUUCUUGGCGAGGUAUGCUGCAGGGCCUGUAGUCAAUGUUACAGAUGAUGGUGCUGAUGCAACAAUAAAACAAGGCUGUCUUCUGCAGACCUUUCCUCCUGCAUCAGCAUUAUCUCUUGGAGCUGUAUUUUUUUCUGACGGCUGGCGGAAAACACUGUGCACUUGUUCAAGUUGCAAGGCUAUGUAUGAAAGUGAAGGAGUACUUUUUCUUCUCGAUGAAAAGGACACUGUACAAGCUUACGAAGCAGAAGGAAGUGGUACAGAAACAGAAUCGCAAUAUGAGCGAGGCAUGCGGGCUCUUUCUUCACUUGGGCGUGUUCAGCAAGUGGAAGCUAUUGAAGGGUAUAAUGAUAUGAAGACAUGCCUAAAGGAGUACCUCCGGAAAUUUGCUGACAGCAAAAAGGUUGUGCGGGCUGAAGACAUUCACGAAUUCUUUUCUGGUUUGGAAGCAAGAAAACGACAAAGAACUGUUGCUGUGCCUCCUGCCACUUGCCAUUAGUCUGUAUUUUCUCCAUUUGGAUUGUAAACAACACUACAGAUGUAAUCAACUACAAAAUUUGUUUUUAUGUAAAUUUCUACAGUAAAAAUAGUAUUGUUCAGAACUAACAUGUGUGAUUGGUUACUGUUUUCAGCAUAUUAAAAUAUACUUAAUUAGUUUCCACAUUUAAUUUAUUCUCUUAUUUUUGCCAGUAUUGUGGAAGUGGUUUUUGUUUUCUUCUGCCUUUGCAGAUGACUGCAGUACCAUGACUUUUCCUUUGUUCUUUUAUAACUUUUAUUGUCAUGCAUUUCUCAAGGUAUCUCAUUAAAACAGCCAUAAAAAAUUUUGUACAAAAUUGUGGAAAUAUUUAUUAUACCUUCAAAUUACAGUAAAUCUGAGCUGUUUGAAUAGGA